GACAUUUACAAUGAAAACGUAUCUAUUUGGCAAUUACCAACAGUAUUGAUAAGAUUGGCAUUAGAACGCAAAUAUUGAGGAAGCAUGCAUAUACACAAAUCGAUUUUUGUCACACAAGUGUUCUGUCUGCUGUUCAUGUUCACAGAUGCUGACACUUUGUAUAUAAAAGAGGGAUCAAUCACGACACUAGUGUGUCCAUUAAAAUCAACAAUUCACAAAGCACAAUGGGUUGGACCAAAAUCACUAACAUCUUACAGUGAUGGGGCACAUAUAAAGAAUACACUGAAUAAUUAUGAAAAACUACGUAUAACUGGAAACCAUAGAAUUGGAGAAUACAAUUUAGAAAUCAAGAAGUUUUCAGCUGCAGACGAAGGCCUCUACCGUUGUAAUAACAUAAAUGGUUCCACAGCUGUACAUAUCGACUAUUAUCUAGAAAUUUACAGGUUACCAAGUAAUAUUUCUGUGAUGAAUACUUCGACAGAUGGACUUCUAGAAGUAAAUGAGGGUCAAAGUAGCCAGCUAUUAUGUAGUGUGGAUAGUGGUAACCCGCCAGAGGAUAUGAAGUGGGUCAAUAAUGACUCAGUACUGGUUUUUGGAGGACCGACCCUUCUUCUGUAUGAAUUUGUUCCUGUGGUUGACGAUCAUUUGCAAAUAUAUAUAUGUUUCGCUAACAACAGCAACACGGAAAUUACAGUUGAAUACCAAGUCCAACUUUAUGUGAGAGAGCUACCAUAUACAACUAUUCAACCUGUUGGUUCUACUGUAAUUGAAGCUGCUAAAGGGAAAUACAUUAAUUUGCAAUGUGAAUAUAAAACUAACGUCGAACCUUAUAAACUGGUUUGGAUAUUCAAUAAUGACACUAUUCUGGGUGAAUCUUCUGAUAAAGUUACAUUAAAUGGCACUUUACAUAUUACCAAUGUAAGCAGAACUAACACAGGGACUUACAGAUGUAACGUUUACAACACUGUUGGGAUGGGGAAUGCUGAAGUAAACGUACUUGUAACAUAUAAGCCAGAACUUGUUUCAUACGCUCCUCUUGUUUUUAAAACUGAAAUAAAUAAACCAGCACAAAUUUCAAUUUCUAUAAGAAGUUUUGAAAAACCAACUGCUUCAUGGACUGUAUCAAGUGAAGAAAAUCUUCAGGUUGGUUUAUUGAGUGUAAAAGAAACACAGAAAGACAUGUUUGUCAUUGAGGGAAAGAUAGUUCCAAGUACUCAUCCUCAUUUUGGGAAAUAUGGAAUCAGUGUUAGAAAUAGAGUUGGAAGUGUUCAUGCAGAUAUAACGCUUGAUUAUACAGACAUCCGGGUAUUGACAUCACCAAGGAAAUACACUUGCAGCAGAGGCUUUUCGACAACUUUGAAUUGCCUUGUCAAUACGAAAUUAUACAAAGAAUGGUCUUGUGUUUGGCAGCACUUUUACAAUGAUGAAUUCAUAAGGACUUUGCCAUGCAAUGUAAAGGGUGGCGUUUCUCAUUUACAUUUUGAAUUUUGUAACAACAUGGAUACUGGUAUUUAUAAAUGUAUUUUGGAAACACCAACAUGGAAUUUUUCUUCAGACGCAGAACUGUCUAUCAAAGGGCCACCCAUUAUAUUGAAAAGCGAAGUGAAUAGAUAUAGCAAUUACAUUAUGUUAUCAACUUACUUUGUAUCUCAUUCUCCAGCUAAGAGUACAUCUUGGUUUUUCAAUGACGGAAAAAAAGAAAGUCUAAUCAAAUCAAAGUCUACGAUUUUUCAAAUCGUAUCUAUAAGGUCAUCUUCUGAUAUCGUUAUUUACGAUAAAAAGGUUCAAAUAGAUUGUAUAAGAACUGAUCUUAAAUUACUCGACGCUAAAAGUUAUAAAGAAGGUUGGUUUGUAUGCCUCAUAAGAAACAGAUUUGGUAGUAGUGAAAAAGUAUUUAAUACAACACACAAUUCUACAUUUUCAAGAGAGUCACUUAAGACAACGGAUAGUCACAGCGAGGCCUUAUACAGUAGUACGUUUUCAUUGAAUUCAUCUGAAGUAAACCACGAAGCAAUUGAUUCAGCAAAAGAUACUUCAACAGUCAUAUACUUAAUAUGUGGACUAACUCUACUAGUUGCUCUGACGUCAGCUGGAGCAACGUGGCAAUACAAAGCCUUUUCAAAAGGAACGACAACUAUUCAAACAGAGAUACAAAUAAGUAAUGGUAUUGCCCUUCAGAAUGUCAGAUGUUCAACGUCAUCGGAUGAUAUAUAUGAAGAAAUAUGCAACGAAAACGCUGGCGCAUGUCUACCAUCUAUCUCUGGACAAAAAUUAGAGGGAGAAAUAGACGAUGAACGUUUGAAAACCGCCACAGACCCUAUUUCUGCCCCAUACAUUAAUGUAUACGAGGAUUUGGAUGACGAAUCUACGGACAGAAAUCAGAACAAGAGUGAACAUUACAAAACAAUCAGUUGUGAAAUGCCAAUUAUAGAUCAUGAUUCAGACGACGAAAAUUACCUUAUUCCUGGACCAGCAUAUUUGAUUGUAAUUGACUCUGAUCAAGAAAAAGAAGAAAAAUCAUGUGAUUCUAAUGCAUAUAAACUAAUUAUAUAA